AAUAAUUAUGACCUACGACUUCUGUACUAGCACUUUCUACUUGUACACUGCAGAUUUUCAACGCCUGUUUCUCCAUUAUUUCGGUUUUUUGGCGAUUCCGGUGCACGUCUACGGCGCGUAUUGUAUCAUUUUCCACACCCCAUCGUCUAUGAAAUCUGUGAAGCUGAGCCUAUUGAAUUUUCACUUCUUCAGCUGCUUUUUCGAUUUGGGCCUCAGUUUUUUGACGACACCUUACAUAUUGUUCCCAGCACUAGCUGGUUAUCCAUUGGGUGUCUUGAAGGAUUUUGGAGUGCGGAAUGAGCAUCAGGUGUAUUUUAUGCUUUUGGUUGGAGCUUACAUGCUCGUCGCAAUCAUACUCGUUUUCGAGAAUCGUCUUCUCAUGCUCGUCCCAACCGUCAAAUUUUGGAAGGCAUUUCGAGUUCCGUGGUUUAUUGCCCAUUUAAUUCUUGUCACCGUGUUCUUGCUACCAAUCUAUUCACUGAUUCCCGAUCAGGAAGUGGCGAAAAACUCGAUCAGAAGAAUUGCUCCGUGCAUUCCGCUAUACGUGAAUGUUGACUUGGUUUUUAUCCUCUUCAUUGAAACUGGGCUUUUCAUGAGAACGACUGGAGUUCUUAUUUUAUUAGGAUUCAUUGAGACUUGGAUUUUAGCCUUUAUCACGAAUGAACAGUUGGGAAAGCAGAUCAACCUGAUUUUGUCGAAAAGAACUGUCGAGUUGCAUAGGAAGUUUCAGAAAGCAUUUAUCACACAGCUAACAAUUCCAAUCAUCAUCCUUAUAAUUCCCAUAAUCUAUGUAGGUGUGACCAGUCUUUUAUAUUUCCACAAUCAGGCAAUCAAUAAUUUUAUUGUGAUCAUUGUGUCGUCCCAUGGAUUUUUCUCGACAAUCGUGAUGAUUUGCAUUCACGUGCCGUACCGGGAGUUUACGCUUCGGUGGCUCACUGUCUUGGCACAUGUUCGAAUGGAAAAUCUGAGUUCGGUGCGGCCGAGCAAUAACAUUACAUGACAUUAUUUUGUCAUUCAUGUAUAUUUCUAUGAAUAUUUGAUUU